CCCUUUCUCAGCCUGGCGGCGGGCCUAGGGCUGGAGACGCUGGAGGGGACGCGGGCUUGCAAAACCAUGAGCGCGGCGGCUUCGGGCCCUGGCCGGCGGGCGCGAGUGUCCCGCCUGGUCUCCUUCAGCGCGACCCAUCGGCUCCACAGCAAAUCUCUGAGUAAUGAGGAAAACUUGAAACUGUUUGGGAAAUGCAACAACCCAAAUGGCCAUGGGCACAAUUAUAAAGUUGUGGUGACAGUACAUGGAGAGAUUGAUCCUGUUACAGGAAUGGUCAUGAAUUUGACUGACCUCAAAGAGUAUAUGGAGGAGGCAAUUAUGAAGCCCCUUGAUCAUAAGAAUCUGGAUCUGGAUGUGCCGUAUUUUGCAGAUGUUGUAAGGGGUAAGGAGCUGUUGAAGUUUUAUUUGCUUGCUUUUUAAGGAAGAUAGCCAGCUGCACAAAGGGAAGCAAAGAAACCAGUUGCGAAGUCAUUACAGGAAUCUAGACAGGAGGUGACGGUGUCAUGCGUGUGGUGGCGGCAGUGAAGAUAGAGUGAUGGGAAGGGAUAUGGAGCUAAUGUCGUGUGGCCCUUGCUGUGGUGUCAGGCAUUUUGCUAAUACUUUUUAUGUUACAUCACUUUAUCCUUAUAACCACUCUGCGGGGUGAGCAUACUACUUACCUACUGCUGCAUGACACAUUAUUCCAAACAUAGGGGCUUAAAACAGCAUUUAUUAAACAUUUAUUACAUGGAUGUUUACAUUUAUUACAUAUAUUAAACAUUUAUUAUUUCACAUUUUUAAUGUGCCAGAAAUCUGGAUGUGGCGUAGCUAGGACCUCUGGCUUAGAGUCGCUCACAAGGCCGCAGGCGUCUCAAGGCUUGACUGGGAAGGAUGAGCCUCCUUGCUCACUCGUGUGGUUGAUAGCAGGAUUCAGUUCCUCACUGGUUGUUGGACUUAGGCCUUCAUUCCUGCCUUCCUUUCUUGCCAUGUAGGCCUUGUCAUAGAGCAGCUUGCUUCAUCAGAGUGAGCAAGGGAGAGGGCCAGUGAGAGUGAGAGGAGGGGGAGGAGGGAGGGAGAAAAGUGGGGUGUGUGUGAGCGAGAACGUGAGCGUUAGCAGGAUGGAAGCCACGGUCUGGUAACCUAUUCACUUUUCUGUUUGUUGUUCCUUAGAAGCAAGUCACCAGAUCCGUCCCACACUCAAGGGGAGGGGAUUAAACAUAUUCUAGUGUGUGAAGUGAUAUGGAGAAUAGCAGGAGAUGAGGCUGGAGAGGUAGGCAGGGAGUGUGUAGCAUGCCCUUUUUGACCCCAGGGGAGUAAAGCACAUUUCAUUUUGCAAGAGUGAAAAAGAUCUAUGAUAAGUGUCCAUUUUGUUUUUUAAACUGCAGACUUUUACAUUCCUCCUGGAAAUGGAAUUAUCUUAAAGACGGGAAACAGAUUGUGCUCAUUUUGCUUCUGUUAUGUCUGGGAUAUUUCUAGCCUCCCUUGCACAAAGAAAAAUCAUUGUUAGUUUCACGCAAUUUAACUUUAUAACAAGAUUCUGUUGCAAGACAGACAUUUUGGAAAAUGCCCCAGAUAAACACUAUCUCUGCAUAGCUACUGAGAGAACUGCUAUCACCAUAAAAGAAAAGUAGGGGAAAGUGAUUCUUGCACUGGAAGAUUUUCAAAGCAGCAGUUAUGCUUUCAUCAGUUAGUUUGCUUCCUUCAAAAUCCACCCACCCACUCCUACCAGUAUUCUGUCACCAUCUAGACAGAAGUAUUAAUCAUUAAAAAAGAGAAUUAGAAUUCCUUUCCCUUUUCUUUCCUGGUUGUUGGCUAAAGAAGUGACAUCUCAGGCAUGUAUUCUUAAAGAUGCCCAAGAAACAAGUCAUCGGUACUUAAGCCCAAGUUCACCCUCAUACAACUAGUUUACUAGUCAAUGAAAAUUCCCAAUUUAGUAUGAUAAGAAGUAUGAACUAAGUUUAAAAACCCUUUUUCACUUUUCACAAAUAUCUUAAUAAAUGUGAGUGCUAUGGCUGGGGACAACCUGAAGAAAAAGAACUAGUGUUGGCCUUUACCUUUUAAAGUUUUUAUUUGCACAGAUAGAACUGCAUAUGGGUGGUUGGGUGUCUUGUGGACAUCUCAAACUUAACACUUCCAAAACUGAAUUUCUGAUUUCUCCUUCAGAAUCUUCUUUUACUAGUUCCCUAAAAAUACUCAUGGGAAUGAGUAUGGACCACCAUCCAUUCAUUUUUUUCAAGCCAGAAAUCUGGGAGUUGUCCUUGAUUCCCACUCCCCCUUUUCACCUCUUACCUCCAAUCUAUCAGAAAGUUCUACCUCUAAACAAACAAUGAUUUUUGCCUCUCUCUCUCCAUUUCCAAUGUCACCACCGCAGUCCAGAUUGCCACCAUUUGUUUGCCUGGAUUACUGACAUGGCCUCUUAACUGGUGUCCUGCUCCACUUUGGUUCUCUUCCACACUGUCAUCCCCCUCCUCCCCGAUCCUUGAAAGCCUCCUCUUGUUUUUAAAAUACAAUCCAAACUCCUGACAUUGGCCUGCCAAGCCCCUUAUGAUCCAGUCACUGCCUACUUCCCCAGCCUUAAAAUGAUCACUGUGUUUUGGUCACAUUGGCCUUUGCUCAUCCUAUUGAACACUCACUUCAUUCGUGCCUCAGCAUCUUUUUUUUUUUUGUAAGCGAGAGAAAAACGUAUUAAUUGCAGCAAGUAGGGAGAACACCGGGGAUCUUUCCCAAAGCAGUGUCUCUCAGAAUCUUUGUGUUUACUUCCCUUUUGCCUAGAAUGCUGCCCCAACCCUUGCCCCUGGCCCAUUCCUCAUUCCUUUCAUAAAACCUAAUCGUUCUUCAGAUCCCACCCUAAAUAUCACCCUCUUGAAGGCUUCCUUGAUCACCCUGUAUAGGUAGAAAUCCUCUGUUAUUUUCUAUUAUAAUACCUAUACAGUGCCCUUUCUUGCAGUUUUAAAAUUACAUAUAUGUUUCCUUUUGUCUUAUUUAUUUGCUUGUUAGUUUAUUGUCUGUACUCACCUCGAGGAUGUCAACUUCAUGAGGGCCAGAGCCCUGUCUUAUUCAUUGUUUCCCCAGGACCUAGCCUAGUGCCUCCUACAGAGCAGGUGCUGAAUAAUUAUUGCAUGUAUGAAAGUGCCCGAAAGUAAAGAACUGGUUGAAACUGGUUUGGUAAAAAUUUUGAGAUUUAACACCAAAACGUCUUUUUUUAAUUGAAGUGUAGUUGAUUUACAAUGUUUAACACCAGACUUUAAAGUAUACUUCAGAUAGGUGUUAUUUUUUACAUGCUUCAGCUUAGAGAACAACCACUGCAAUAUGAAAUAAAAUCCCGUCUUCCUCCAAACUUGUUUGUCUGGCUAACUUUAUCUUCGUGGGGAUUUUCCAUUUCCAUUUGUGGGUAAAAUUUGUCUUAGUCCUCAACUACUAAUUUAAGCACAGAUAAGCUAGAAUUCUGAAUCAGGGGUCUUUUAGUAAAUUGCUGUCCUUAUGACCACACCAUCAUUUGUUAGCAGCGCUCACUCAGGGGCUCCCUUUAUGGCAGGACAGACAGUGAAGAUUGGUGGGUAGUCCCUGUCCCAGCUUGUGGAGAGUAGAUUUACCUCAGGCAGAGAGGCCUCAGCUGGUCUUGCAAAGGAUGCCUUUUAUCAUUCCAUCUGUUUAGCCCCUAGGAGCAGGGUUCCUUGUAGAGUGUAGAUCUAACAGAUCGGUGGCAACACUGAGGCAAUAUGUGUUUUUCAGCAAACUAGGGCUCAAUUUGUUGCCAUAAUAACUUUCAGUAAUUCCCAAAGAACUAGGGGGAACGUCAAGGUUCCUUUCUUGAAGGAGAAAACUGUUUAGAAAAGAAAAAAUGCAGCCUAACCAGGUGUGGGGUGUGACGUCUUCCACCUUCAUUUGAAGUUGUGUUGAUGUCUGUGUAGUUAACUAACAGGUUUUUGGCGUUUAUUGGCUUAUUGUAAAUUAGCAUUAUGUCAGUCACAAUGUGUCCAGUAUCUCAGUCAUCAGGCCCUUUAAGGUAGGAGUCAGCUCCAGUUUACUAAAAGGAAUCUGGGGUUUCAGUAGACUGAGAGCUGGGAUUUGAACCUAGGUUUGUGUGGCUUAAAAAAAAAAAAAAAAAGAAAAAAGAAAAAAAACCCGACUCAACAAUUAUAAUAACUAUUUCAAAAAAUAUCCCAAGCUCUUUAAAUAUGCUUUGUCUACACAUUUUAUUUUCGUCAAAGUCUUUUUGAGUUUGUUGGACUCAAGCAUCUGAGUCUGAAGUUACUUUUACAUAUAGGUUAUAUAUGUAUGCAUCGAUAAAUAUGCAGGUAUUUUUGCAUAUGUUACAUUAUUUCCCGGUUAUAUUAGGUAUAUACAUUUAACUUUAUCUAUAUAUGGAUAUAACUUACAUAAAAGCAGGGUGGGAUGGUACAUAUGUCCUGGUUUCACUGCUGUGCCACACUCAGGAAAUAUAGUCCAGCAAUCAGAAUUAAAAUAAUUCUGAUAUUCACUUGUAUCUCUUGAACGACAUUGCCAGAGCUGGUUUGUAACCGAGAGUAGUGCUUGGGAAACCCCUCGCCUCUCCUUUCAGUCCACAGAGGCUCCAAAGCUUCUUUCUAUCUCAGCCCACACAAUACUCAACCCAAACUUUGCCUUUGCUUCCUCUUCUCCCACCCUCUCCCUUGUCCCAGCUCUCUAUUAUGUAGAAUAAUUUAACCCCUUUACUCAUUAUUUAGAUUCUUUACGAGAGAGCCUAGGAGCUGACCCAGAAAGCCAGAAGACAUUCUACUUAGAAUCCUGAGGGGUGGAGGUGAAGGUGGGGCUGGAGGGAGAAAGACGGUGAAAAGUCAGACAUUAGCCAUUUCUUACAACAGUUACAGAUGAGAAAUUUUAGUCCUUGUUAGGGCACCAUUUUAUUUGUAUAUAUUUAUAUUGUUAUUUAUAUUAUAUAUAUAUAGUAUCGAAAUGCUUGGCUUACUUGUACAUCAGUGUACCGUUCGUGGUGCCUUUUUAAGGCAUUAAAUAAUUAUAUAGUGUUUAACUUUGUGCCAGGUGCUGUUCUGGGUGCUUUAUAUAUAUUAACUGAUUUAAUUUCUACAACAGCCAAUAGGUAGCUACUAUUUUUCUCCCUAUUUUACAAAUGAAGAAACCAAGGUACACAGAAGUUAAGUAACUUAUACGAGGUCUUAUACCUUAUAAGGUAACUUAUAAGGGGUAAAAUAAAAUGAAAUUGAACCCUGCAGUCUGGCUUCAGAAUUUAUCCUUUAAGACAAUUGCCAAAACUACCUCUCAUGAAAUAAUAAAGUUUACUGAAAGUUUUCAACACUUACUUUAAAAAAUAACUUGGGGGUUGAUAGACAAUAAGAUACUGUCUACAUUUUCUCCCUGCUCUGAGUCUUUUUCUUGCUCUGAAUGGUCGGUAUUGUAGUUGGACUACACUACCAGGUAUUGUGUUGACCAGGUCUGGAACCUUUCUGGUGUGUGAAAAAUCUUUGAGGUAACAGGAUUUGGAAGACAUUAAUUUUCUUUUCUACUUUCUCAGAAAGAAUUAUCACUUCCCUUACAAUGGGUAGGCAGUUGCUGUUUCUGACACAGAAUAGGAAUGCCUUGAAUUUACAAAACACGAAGCUGCAAACAAGAAAACCCACAAGUGGAAGAACGAGAUUGGGCAAGGGAGUAUGGGAGCGAUAAAUAGUCUGUCUCUUGUCUGUGCAUGAGGUGCAUGCAGCCUGUGGGCUUCCUUGCCAUUGCUUGUGUGCCUUUUUUUUUUUGUUUUGGUCUAUCACUUCCCAUUAGUCAAGAUCAGGAUCAGCUGUCCCUGAGACUGUGAAGGUACAUACUUCUUUAGCCCUUUACUCUUCUUCUGCUACUCACUGCGCUUGCCACUUACUGGAUUCACUUAAGGAGUGACCAAGGAUGGCAAAUAUUUGGAGCCUGUUCUGCUUCAAUUCCUGCCUCCUGAGCCCAAGGAAGAUAUCACUAAUUGAAUAUGAAGUAUUUUUGAACCUGUAUUUUGCUUCGGAAUCCUUCUCAACCGUGCCCUUACGGUGUCCUGGUUAAAGUGCAGGCUCUAAAGUGGUACAGAGCACUCUUCAAAACCCACUAGCUUCACUGUGUGUUCACUGAUUGACUUUGGGCAAAUUAUUUCUCUCUCUCUGCCUGAGUGUUGUCCUCUGUAAAAUGGCUGUAUCUCAUAGGGUUGUUGUGAGGAUUAAGUGAGAUGACGCAUAUAAAGUGCUGAGUAUAGUGCCUGGCAGAUACCUAUAGUGGCUACCAAGUGACAUCACAGAAAAUUGCAGAGUCAGGAGUGCCAAGAAUUGGUCCCUCCACUGAAGCAGCCAUUAAACUGGCAAAAUCUGUCAGGGUCAACUUGUUCUGAACUCUAGACUCUAAUAAAAAAAAAACCUUGUAGUUGUUAGGGGAAUGCUUAAUGAGGAAAGAGGCUGCUAAAUUUUGACAUACAUGAAAAUCUGUCAGGUCACUGGCUGACCACUGAGAGAACAGAAGAGAGACUUAGUGACCACAUUCAACGAGGAAUGCAGUCGUUGCAAAACUAGUUUAGAAAAGUUACUAGACAAAUGGAUGAUUGCAGCCCUCAACAAGCAACAACAGCGUACCCUGAUGAGAAGGGAGAAUAUGAUUUCCAGAGUCACCAUUAUAAUAUUGAAAAUGUUAAGUUUUCAACAAAAAUUAGACAUACAAAAUAGGAAAGUAUGGCCUAUUCACAGGGAGAAAGAAGAAAUUGACAGAAACUGUCCCUGAGGAAGGCCAGCUGGAAGUUGGCAUCCAGUCACUGAAUGUUGGCAUACUGGAAUUUAGCAUAACUAUUAAAAGAAAACGCAGUUGCUUAUUAUGGGAAAUACCGUACUUACUUUUGGUUUUAUAUUGUAUUAUGAGUAUUAUAAACAUUUUGCCCAUUUCUCUUAGUGGAAGUUACCAUUGGGGAAAAAUGACCAGU